UCUCUCUCUCUCUCUCUGUGCUCUCUCUCUGAGUCUUCUUCUUUCUCUGUCUCUCUGUCUCUCUCUCUCUCUCUCUGUUCGUCUGCAAAAUUAGGGUUUCUUGAUCUCCUUCUGCGGUUGUCCGAUAGCUGGUUUGGAUUCCUCAGAUCAAGAUUCUCUGCUUUCUGAGCUCCCCGGUGAUCUGCUUUUGGCUCGAUUUGUUUGGUAAGCUGUACGUUAAAAUCAGGAGCCAAACAUGAAGAUUGUUGCUAUGCCGCAGCUAAAUAGAAUGUUACUGAAAUGUCAGCCUGAAUGAGAGAUGGUCAGCAUUCAAUGAGCAUCUUCCGGUAUUAUUUUGGAAACUUGUUUGAUUAUUCUUGCUGAUUCUGGCAAGGAAACAUAUACGCUACCUUAGGAUCUUUUGUAUCCAUGCUGGCAGAGAGUAUGCGUGGAAUCUGUGCUUCGGGUAAUGCCCCUGACGAGAGUUGUUGCCGAUGCGUUCGGUGUGUUGACAAUAUGUCUAGUUGCUCUCUUGGUUAUUCUUGGUUUGCUGUGCAUUGGUUACUCAUUUUACUUCCGUUCUCGUAUUCGUAGUCAAGGGUUUUUUCAGCUCAAUUAUUUUAGUGGUCCUUGGAUCAUCCGAAUCACUUUCAUCUUGUUUGCAAUCUGGUGGGGUCUUGGUGAAAUUUUUCGCUUAAGUUUGUUGAGACGGGAGGGCAGAGUAUUGAAUUCUCUCAACUCGAAAUGGCAGGAAAAUGUAUGCAAAUGUUAUAUUGUCUCCAACUUGGGGUUUGCAGAACCUUGCCUCUUCCUUACCCUUGUGUUCCUUCUCCGGGCGCCUUUACAGAGGAUGGAAUCAGGAAUUCUAAGCCGACAAUGGAAUGGAAAAACAGCAGGUUAUGUACUUUUGUACUGCUUCCCAGUGUUUGUUCUUCAGCUGUUUGUUAUUCUGGUUGGACCCCGGUUGAACAAGAAUAAGAAUUUACGUAAAAUGCCUCACUACUUUACGAGUACUAUGAGAAUGGCUGAUGAUAUUGCCCUCUGCACUUACCCUUUACUGAGUACUAUACUCCUUGGACUUUUUGCAACUAUCCUAACUGCCUACUUGUUUUAUCUUGGAAGGCGGAUUUUGAAAUUGGUCAUUAACAAGGGUCUGCAAAGAAGAGUUUACACACUUAUAUUCUCAGUUUCAAGCUUCCUUCCAUUAAGGGUUCUCUUACUCGGUUUCUCUGUUUUAUCCAAACCAGAGCAUUUUCAGUUUGAAGCUCUUUCUUUCUCGGCUUUUCUUGCCCUUUUGUGUUGUGCUGGGGUGUGUAUAUGCAUGCUUGUUUAUUUCCCAGUUGCGGAUUCUUUGGCCCUGGGGAAUUUGCAUGACUUGGAGGCCAGGAGAAGAAUUAGUGAUGACCGCAACGACACCAUUUCUCUUAUUGCUAACCAGAGUCAUCUUGAAGAAAGUACUGUAAUUAGCCCUGAUAGAAACUCUGAUGCAUCAACAAAACGGGGAUCAAUAUCUUUUCGAACUCUUGAGAAGGAAGGUUCUUCAAGGGGAAACUUUGUGGAAUUAAGCCUUUUCUCUCCUAGUCGAGAUGCAACCCCACCAGGAUCACCACCGCUGCUUGGCUGGCCUAUGCGCCCUCCUAUGCAAGCUCAUGGAACUUAAGAAAAAAGCAUGCAAGAAAUUGAGUAGGGAUGGUGAAUAUCAAUUUUGUGGUAAAGAAAAAAAAAAAAAAAAAAAAACUGAUUGUAAAGGGUUUUAGCAUCAAUAAGGAUUCUUAUUCUCGGUUUGUUUUUCUAAUUUUAGAUGAUGAUGGGUUUUGCUUGAUCAAAUUUAUGAUCCCGUUGUUUCUCCUGUAUUCUCUUUGUAACCAUUUUUUGUUUUUUAUUUCUUUGCAUACAUGCUUAAAUGAAAGACGUAUUCCUAAGGAAGGAACUUGGUGGUACAAAUGGGUGUGUAUCUGAACGUUUUUAUAUACGAGUCCUAGACUCUUCUCGCUGUUAAUUUAUUGGGGGUAGGCAUAGUUUUUCUGCUGGCUUAUUUUAUCCUAAGGAGCAUUA